GACACCGGUAGCACUAGUUCGUCCUACCUUAAAACAAUGAAAGUGUGUAUUUUGAAUUGCUAUAUUAAACAAGCUUUAUCGAAUCCUCUUUUUCUUUUUGAUGUUUACCAUUUGAAUGUUGCUUAACAAUCAAAUCAGUCUCAAGACAUACGAGACAGUUCAAGAAUUUGUAGACGAGGCUACACAUUCUCUUUUAUUACACGAAGUUCAAAACACCUUCUUGCUACUUGCGACUCAACAGGCACUUAAAGAAGCAUCUCCUGACUUCUACUGCAAUGCUGUAUGGGACUCUCAAGACAAGUUCGUAUUCGCUCUUUUCUCUCUCAAUAACACAAUGCUCUACGGGUCUUUUCUUCCCAAAGAAAACGCAGAAGCUGUCAAUAUGGCAUUGAAUGAUUUCAUUCACGCAAAAGCCUAUGUAUCAUUGACUUUUAUUCAUGGCUUUCAACCCGCUCUCAGUUGCAUGCAAAACUGUUUACAGACAAUUCUGAAGCUCAAGCUUGUUGAUCCAGUCUGGUCGUACGAUAACAAACAAGUAGAGUAUUCUCCAGAAGUGUUGCAGCUUGUCCAAAGUCCCAACAUCGAAUUAAAAACAGGAACAGAAAAAGAUAUGCCACUCUUGCUUAAAUGGACCCAGGGUUUCCAAGAUGAUGUUUUGCGCAAUUUCGAUGCCUCUAUGUUGCCUCCAGUUCAAGAAGCUGUAUCUGGCGCUCUGAAAGAACAAGCCAUCUACUUGCUUUAUGUUGAUGAUUUACCUGUGAGUAUGGCUUGGAAAAGAAGACCCACUUUCAAUGGAAUUGCUAUCACGUUAGUCUAUACACCACCAAGCGAAAGAAAAAAGAAUUAUGGAUCUGUCUGUACUGGUAUGCUUACAGAGUUAUUAUUGAAGAAAUUCAAGUUUGUCACCUUGUUUGUUACAAAGCAUCAGAACCCUGAAAAGAACUUGUACACCAGUAUUGGUUUUAAAUUCUUAGGUGAAGCAGGACGAUUGGUAGUCGGUAUUUGAACACAGCAUGAAUUAAAAUUGCUUUUGGCUGUAUGAGUCAGCAUGAUCUACAAUCUCGGCCUAAACACCUAACGGCCGAAAUCCAAAUUGAGAGCACAAUUGUCAAAGUAAAACAAUAGAGAUCUUUGUCUUAUUUAAGCUGUUCAUGAAAGAUAAUAAACAUAUAUACAACAUGGUUUUUUUUAACAAGUCAC